UAUUAGUCACGGGUUCGUACUCGCCCUCCACCCCAGUCGAUGUUUGAACAGUGUAGGGUGCACCUGGCUGCCGAGGGAGGGACAGGGAUCCCACAUCAGUUCCUCCCGCCGACGACACCACACGCCCGGGCCGAUUCGGCCGCCCGCCAACGGUAGAUCACCUGCUCAGGUGAGGGGCCGCUGAGCGAUGAACGACAUCUGCCGCAUUUGCGGCGCCGAGCUGAAGGGCAACCAGAGGCGAUGGAUCUUCAGCGCCCGGGCCCCGGUGGACCUACGGGUGGUGCUGUCCCACGUGCUGGGCCGCCGGCUCUGCCGCGGAGACGGCGAGAGCGAGUUCCUGUGCGGCAAGUGCGCUGCGGUGCUGGAGAGGCUACACCGCUUCGACGGCGUCAUCGCCCGCGUGCAGGCGCUCUCCGUGGAGAGGGUGCGCCGGCUGCUGACCGAGAGGGGGCGCCUGGCCGGGCUCCUGCGCCGCCUGCACGGCCGGUCCCCGCGCGCGGGCCCGGCCGGCGAUUCGGGAGACCGGGAGCUGGCUGAGCGGGACUACGCGUCGUUGUUGCAGGACGACAUGAGCCUGGCCGGGUACGAGUGCUGGGCGGAGGGCAGUGAAGCCGAACCGGGCCACUGCUCCUGCCCGGACCGCCGCUGCCUCGGGUGCAGCGCCUUCCGCGUAUCCGAUUACGAGUACGACGCCGUGUGCCCGGUCCCGCGCCGGCUGGCCCGCGCCCUGGCCACCGGCAACUUUCCCCGCAGCAAGUCCAUCGGCGAGCUGGCGGGUGUCGACCUCUCCCCAGUCAGCCGUGCGGGCUCCCCCUGGCUCAGCCGCCCACUGCCAGUGGCCCGCUCCCUGUCCACCUCCUCGCUGGGAGCAGCCAGCUGCUCGGCCUGGGGCUCCGGUUCCGACUCGGACGUGGGCAGCAACGGUGGGGCCUGGUCUGAGGACUGGGCCGGGCCCAGCCCUGAGCAGACUCUGGCUGACCUGGCCCGGCAGCUGGAGGGCGCCACCUACCGGCCUGUCCGGGCCCCGCUGCACAGCAGGAUCCCAGUCCUAGUCAGGGGUGGCGCCGGGCGGACGGCGAGUGGUUUGGACACCCCGAGGCAAAGGCUCAGCUACACAGGAGAUGAAGAGAGUGAGCUGGAUGUGUGGGACGAGUACCGGCCAUUCAACCUCGAGAAGUUAAUUCAGCCCCAACACAAGCCAGGAAUCCCGAGCCAGGUCACCGAGCAGCGAAAGGAGGGGAAAGCGGGAGAGAUCCUCGUCACAGAGAAGGAGGCUGGGGGGCGGCCAGGGGCAACGCAGGAGCUCAGCACUUACACAGGAUGCCGCUUAAUACAAGGGCUGGCCCGUGACCUGCGCAGCAAGGAGCGACUGUUAGAGGAGUGUGUGAAACUGAUCAGCCAACUGUCCAGCAGCAACAAGUCCACCGAUGGCCCGGACGACAAUGGGAUUAGGACGCUCUGCCUCUGGUUGGACAAGCGAGAAGAAGGUCUAGAGAAGGCCAGUGAAGAGGUGCUGGGUGUCCUGGAGGAGAUGGAAAGUGAGGCUGGACGGCUGAAGCAGGCUCUACUCGAGAAGGACAGGGACAUCAGAUGUCUGGGUGAAGUCCUAGUCCGCAACGAGGAAAUGAUCAACACGUUAAACGCGAGCCUGGGACAGAAGGAGUCACGGCUUCUGCGGCUGGGCCAGAGCAUGGAGCAGACACGGCGGCUGUGGGAGGGGCAGCGGGCUGCUGACCUGCGGGGACGGGAGGAGAUCCGACAGCAGCAGCAGGCCGCUCUGCAGAGCCUGACCAGCGACGUGAAGGCUCUGUCAGACUCACUGUUGGCCCGGGGUCUGCCCGAGGGUCCCGACUCCCUGGCUGGUCUGUGCCAACGACUGCAGGACAAGGAGCAGCUCCUGUCUGAGGCGCAGGCCAAGCUGAGCCGGCAGAAGGAGGACCAGGACAAGGUCAUCCAGGAGCUAUCCCGCUCCCUGGCUGAGAAGGACCGGCUGAUCCAGGAGUUUACAGCCCAGGAGGGCUGGGCGCAGGCUUCCCAUGCCCAGGAGAUGAGCCGGGUGUCCCUGGAGCUCAAGGGCAGGGAAGCCAAAAUCCGCCGUCUCUCUGAGCUCCAGACCUCCAGCACCCGCAGUCACAAUGCCGAGCGGCUCCAUCUCCAGGCACUGCUGCACAGCAAGGACCAACUCAUUCUGGGACUGCUGGAGGAUGGACGGUCCAGGGACAGGAUUCUUUCCGAGAUCCAGGAGAGGCUGGCGCCAAAGGUCAACGUCAAACACACCCUCUGAGGUCAAGGUCACAGGUGGCACUGGAGGUCGGAACUGCUGAGUGACUGAUGGAACUAGAAACUCGUCUGCAGUGCAGAAAGGCAGAGAGGCCACCACAUCUACAGGAGCAUCUGAGCAGCAGAGUGCAUCAUACACCACCCCUCUCUCUCCACCCCCUCCCACCCGGUAUCUGCCCCCACCUCCCUUUCUUUACCCACUCCCACCCCGUCUGUCUGUCUCUCCCCUCCCUCCCAAACUCUGUAUGCUGGCCCUGCGAAUAUUGCCCUCCUGUCUCCUGAGAGCCGUGAGACAGGGUGGGGUGUGGGGAGGGCCGGCGUGUCUGGAAAUCCACCCCCCUCAGCCAUGUGGUCAGGAGGGAUGGGGUCUGUGUGUCUGGAGAGGGUGCACUUUGAGUUUGUAACUAAUCCUGAGCAACCCAGACCCAGGUCUUAUCCUGUCCACCACCCUCCCCCCUCCCCACCUUCUCUCUUUGUCUCCUAUCAAGACAACUCUCACUCACUAUUUGCCUGGGUGGACAAUGCCAGCUUUGCAAACUGCCAUCCUUCAUGGAUCUGACACUGGAAAGUAACCAGACUGCCAUCGAAUCUCCGCCUCCAUCCCCCCGUGUUUCUCCGAUGAGAAUAUCUGUGUUUGUGCGUCUGUCCUGCAGUCCUGUGCAAUAACAACCUGGAAGCUGACUUGGGUGGGCAGUGCACCCUCCAAACUGAUGGUGCUGGGUGGUUGUGUGGGGCGGUCACAGACACUGAGUCCACAGGGUUUGCAGACCUCUGGGUGUGGACUGACACCUGUCUGCUGGUCUCGCUUGCUCAGGGCACCGACGGGUGAAUCAAAUCUCAGGGAGCAACUGUCAGGUUCCAGGUAUCCAGCAUAUUGGAAGCACACCCUCAGGAAGCCAGUGGCAGCCCACUGGGGUUUUUGGUGCAUAUCUCUGCACAUGUUCUGUUCCUUGUUAAAUAUGAAAUAAAGUCUAUUGAUGGUUUUUUGCCAAAUGCACAGGUGCAGUUGGUUUAUUGAUGGGUUUGUUGUUGGCUUUACUUUAAAGUUUAUUGCAAGGUCUAUGAAAAACUUUCUUGCUGGGGGCAUCACAGGCACAGGAAUCUUACUUUCUUGAUCUGUAGUUCUGUAUCUUCCAGGUGAGAGACAAUCCCUAGUGGGCAAGUCGGCGGCAGCUAGUGUUUAGAACAUGGCCGUAAGGCCUAGAGACCAUAAGGCAUCAAGUCUGCUCCACCAUUUGAUCGUGGCUGAUGGUGAAUGAAGUUAUCCACGCCGGUUCAGGGACCCAGUGAUGCGGGAUGCAAGGCUUCUGUGCCUCCUGCCUGAUGGUAGUAGCAAGAAGAGGGCGUGGCCUGGAUGGUGGGGGUCCUUGGUAAUGAGU